CCCCUCGCCGCGCGCCGCUGGCGUCCCAACAUGGCGGCGGCGGGCUGCGGCGGGCCGGUGGCGCUGCUGGCCCUGCUGCUGGCGGCGGCGGCGGCGCGGCUGUACCGGGCGGGGGAGGACCCGCUGACCGUGCUGGCGGCCGGCUCGGUGCGGCGGGCGCUGCUCAACUCCUCGGCCGCCUGGGUGGUGCAGUUCUACAGCUCGUCCUGCGGCCACUGCAUCGCCUUCGCCCCCACCUGGCGGGCCCUGGCGGGGGACGUCAAAGACUGGGAAGCUGCAAUUAGAGUUGGUGUGCUGGAUUGUGGGGAAGAAGAGAACUAUGAGACGUGCAAAGAAUAUGGUAUUCACUAUUACCCAACUUUUAGGUACUUCAAAGCAUUUACAAAGCAGUUUACUACUGGAGAAAAUUACAAAGGAGCAGAUCGAGAGCUGCAAACAGUUCGUCAGAUGAUGAUUGACUUCUUACAGAACCAUUCCCAAGAGUUCAGACCGCCUGCUUGCCCACCAUUGGAUCCGGUUUCGUCCAGUGAUAUUACUUCUCUUUUUGACAAGAACAGCCGUCGUUAUACUGCCAUUGUGUUUGAAAGUAAUAACUCCUAUGUUGGUCGAGAGGUUAUUUUAGACUUGAUUCAGUAUGAAAAUAUCGUCGUAAAGAGAGCGUUGAAUUUUGAUAAGACUUUUCUCGAGAAACUUGGUAUUACCUCGGUCCCUUCAUGCUAUCUGGUGUAUCCAAAUGGGUCCCAUGGAUUAAUUAACAUUUUGAAGCCUCUACGGUCUUUCUUUUCUUCAUAUUUAAAGUCACUGCCAGGUGUAAGAAAAAAACUUCUUUUGCCACUUCAGCUACCUGUUCAAGAAAACAAAGAGAAGAGUACAGAAAUCAAAGUGUGGAAAGAGUUUGAUAAAUCUAAGCUGUACAUGGCUGACCUUGAAUCGGGAUUGCAUUACCUGCUCAGGGUAGAGCUUGCUACGCACAAGACACUUGAGGGAGCUGAGCUAAAGACCUUCAAGGAUUUUGUUACCGUCUCUGCCAAGCUUUUUCCUGGCCGUCAGCCUGUGGUAAAGUUGUUAGAGACCUUGCAGGAGUGGCUGGUGAGCCUUCCAUUAGACAAAAUCCCUUAUGAUGCUAUCCUAGAUCUGGUCAACAACAAAAUGCGGAUUUCUGGGAUAUUUCUCACUAAGAAAGUUCAGUGGGUCGGAUGUCAGGGCAGCAGACCAGAGCUGAGAGGUUACACCUGUUCCCUUUGGAAGCUGUUCCAUACCCUAACUGUUCAAGCUGCACUGCGACCAAAAGCUUUGCUAAAUACAGGUCUUGAAGACAAUCCCCAGGUAGUACUUCAGAUCAUGCGGAGAUACAUUCACCACUUUUUUGGAUGCAAGGCUUGUGCUCAGCAUUUUGAAGAAAUGGCUAAAGAGUCCAUGGAUUCUGUUAAAACCUUAGACAAAGCUGUUCUCUGGCUCUGGCAGAAACACAACGUGGUGAAUAACAGGCUAGCAGGUGAUUUGACUGAAGAUCCAAAAUUUCCCAAAGUUCAGUGGCCAACUCCAGACAUUUGUCCUGCUUGUCAUGAAGAAAUUAAAGGAUUACACAGCUGGAAUGAAGCCCAAGUUUUACAGUUCAUGAAGUAUCACUAUAACAGUGAAAAUAUUGUAUAUAAAUAUACUGAAAGCCAGACUGACUCCAGUGAAACUGAACAGGGAGAUACAAGGGAGCUGAAAGACAAAAGCCUACUGAAGAAACCAAGUGGAAACAGAGAAAAUAAGAUCCAGGAUAAAGAAAACGUACUAGAUUCAGAAUCUAAGGUGUUAGAUAAGAUAAUAGCAAAUCAUGGACCUGUCAAAGAUAGUGGUAAAAGCGCAGUUGAGUCGGCUAACCUUAAAGAGACAAAGCAGGCUGUGUCUUUCUUAGGGAUUGGAUUUUCAAACUUAGACAUGAGUCUAUGUGUCAUACUGUAUGUAGCGUCAUCCUUAUUUUUAAUGAUAAUGUACUUUUUUUUCCGAAUGAGAUCGAAACGGUGGAAAGUGAAGUAUUAUCGUUCAUCUGUAUAGAAGUUUAAAUCAGAAACAAAGUUUUCAUUGUGUGUGGCUGUUCAGGACCAGAUACAGCUUUAAUAUUUAUGAUCAGGGAUUUUAUAUACAGUAUUCCUUCUUUAAAACCCCUUUCUGCCCAAGUCAUUUCACAAGUGUUCUAGUUUAAUACAGAGUUCGCCCGUAAGAACCCUAAUCCUUAACUGAGGCACAUAGUGCUAUCAUAAAAUGUCCACUGAAGUAAGCAUUGCAUUUUUCAGUUAAGAUUUUUCCGUGACUUAACCACCUACGUCCUUUACUCAUUUUCAGAGUAAACAUUACAUUAUGCAAUCAGCUGUGCCUGGGUUUAGAAGGAAAUUGGAUAUUGUCUUGUGUUCUUUAAGUCAGUUGUUGGGGUUUUUUUUAUUUAUCCAGAGCUGAUUUUACCUACCAGAGUACUGAACAGUUAUGCUGUUACCUUGGAUGCUUCAUUUGGAGAAGCAAGAAUUCUGAUUUUUUUUUUUCUUCAGGAAACAAGAGUUCUAUUCUGAUUAAAUCAAUUCUAAACCUAUGUGACUUUCUCAAAUAUUAUUUCCACUGCAUAUUUAAAAUAGAAAGCAUUAUGUGUUCACAUAAGUCUUCCAUUCUCCCAUGUGUUCCAGCCAAGGAUGUGUAUGUCUCUGCUAGGAUGAGAGUUUUGGGGCAGUUUGUAUCUCAAUAAGCAGCCUAAUUCUGGUUGCUAAUGCUGUCAUCUAUUUUAAUGGAGUUUAGAUGUAAGCAAAGGCAGACUCAGACCCAGUGCUUUACUUGCUUCUCUGUUGGAUGUGUUGAUGGAGCAUUAGAUAACUCGCCUCAUUCAUUUAUGAACCAGAAAAGUAGCUGAGUAAUUAUUGUGUUAUCCAGACAGAAGCCAAUUCUGAUGAACUCCAGUAAAGGGAAACACUGAUUUUAGUGAAGGAUAGUGAGAUUUACAUGCCAGAACAAAUUUACACAUCUCUGUUGCAAUAUAGUAAUUUUUCUUCCUGUGAGGUGGCAUAAACGCUUCACUUGGUACUUCCAGUUCUGAGCUCACAGAGAGUAUCCCCUGCUAGCUCUGAAGUUGUCUGUACUUAGAAGAACAGCCCAUCUCUCUUGCCCUUCUGCUGGAAUGCUGCUCUGUUUGGCUCAGGGAGGGUUUAACUAAUGGUUAAGUCCGAGAGCUGCUCUGUUCUGGGAUGUGGCAGCAAUUGGGAAUACAGCAGUUGCCUUUAUGGGUCUGCCUGGGGUCCUGGCUGGCAGCAGUUAGAAGAAACUAUGAAAACAGUUAUAAAAUUACCGUUCAGAAUAGGAGUUCCUUUCUGAUCCUAGCUGUGGGGGAUAAUUCACGUCCUGGAUAGUGAAGUUUAUAAUCCUAUCCAAUGUAAUUGAGCAUGUUCUAGUUAUCCAUUACCUAAUCUUUAGUUAAUCCUAAUAGGUUUUGGCCUCAAUGUUUUCUUGUGGCAGUGAGUUCUACAGAUUAAUUAUGUUAUAUAAAAAGGCUUUUCCUUUCAAUUCUACAUUUGCAACUUUUAAUUUAAUUGAACGUUCGCUAGCUCUUCUGUUACGCGAGAAGGAAUAAAUAGUCCCUGGCCAAUUCAUUGUAUUUAUACUGUUAGUGUCUCCUCCUCUUAUUUCCAUCAUAAGCCCUAGAACAAAAAGUUUAAAGCUUAGCAAUGAGAAUGGUCUAAAAGCACAAAAACUCAACAGGGAUAUUUUUUCAUAAUAAAUCUGGUUUGUUCACAAAACUGAACAUUUCUGACACGAGUUUCUGCAGCUUCCAAUUGGAAUAAGAAAAUUGAGCUUCAAAGAUGUACUGUCCCUUGUUCCUUAAGUUUAUCAAAAUAGUAUACACAAAGUAAUAACCUUCAGUGGUUAUUGUAAACAUGUCAGAGAUAAAGUCUCCAUUAACAUGGCACUGUGAGUCUGACGUACAUAGAGGCGCAUUAUCUGUGCUUUCCUAAGCCAGUUUCUUCACUCUUCAUUGUAUGCACUCGAUGGCUCUUGCUCCAAUGGGAGAAACUUGACUCCGUGCUCUCCGCGAAGCUGGAGGCCAGGUCCUGCCGUCUGCCAGGCAUGGCUUCUGUGGGGCUGGGAGCACCUGCGGACAACUGCUGCUGCCUGUGGUCUAACAUGGAAUCUUCUCUAAUUCUGCGACGUGAUGGCAGUCUGGGCUUUUUAAGGACCCUCACUAUUCAGGAGCUCUGGCACAAGGAGCUGUCAUGGGGGUCUCUCUUCUUUAGGAAUUUAGGAGUCCCUAUAUUUAUAGCACCUGGGCUUGAAUGGUAAAACAAACUUGUAACUAGAAUGCUAGUGACCCAGUGGUGGAAGGUGGUCCAGGCUGGCUCCUCGGUUGCUUUGUGCUGGAAUCCAGUGAGGGGUCCCGGGAGGAGUUUAGUUCAGAGGAAAAGCCAGACUUUUCAAAUUUAGUUUUGAAAAUCAGACAACUUCUAAGUGAGCUAUUCUGGGGAGAUGUUGAUAUCAGCCAAGAAGCAAGGACAUUUAGUUUCUCAAAGAAAACCACCGAAACACCAAAAAACUGAAACCGCAGCAUAGCAAGUAUUGGAUCUGAAGAAUUUGGCCAGUUUCUGUGGCCAAAUUUCCCUCCGUCAGUAUUGUCCCACAUUUUGAAGUUGAAAAUCAGUCAUUACUGCUGUUGCUUUGAACUCUACCAGGUAUAUAGACCUGAGUUUGUUAACUUUGACUCAUUCUGCUUGUUUCCAUCUGUGUAUGAAAAGAAAAGGCAUUGAAGGUUUGUAGGGAUGAUUCUACCAUUAAAACAGCAGCAAAUGUGGUUUUGGAAUAAGGUUUUUCAUAACUUUCAUGUUGCUCUGACCUUGCUGGAAACAUGACAAAAUGAACCAAUACUCAAACUUCCAGUGGGUUGGGUUUGGUUGGUUGGUUUGUUUAAGAGUGUAAAAGCAUGGAAUGGGGAUAUUGAUUACCCGUGUCGGUGUUCUAAGGCUGUUGCCAGCUAACUGGCUGUGGCUUUCACUGUAAUUGCUAGUAGUGACCUCAUCUGGGAAUUAUCAGUUACAUCAGUUGUGUAAAUCUUGGUUUACUUGUUCCUAUUUUCUAUCUUUAUAAUGACAAAUUAUAUCCUCUUAUGUACUCUGGCUGUAAAGAUGCAUUACAUCUGCUGGGUGAGGUGUGAUGCUGCUUUGUCAUGGUGCGUUAUCGGUGGGUGAGUUACAAGAAAGUGUUUCCUUUUUAAAAAUUGCCUCGAACCACCAUCUGCUUAGUCCUGGCGGGUUUGUGGGUGUAUUGUGUGGGACCACAGAAGUUUCUGCAAUGCCACGUUCAUUUGUGGAUUAUACUGUAGUGGUGGCAGGCAUUUCCGAGAAGGAUUUCUUGGCCCUUUGUAAUUCAUGGAGCCACCUUCACUCUUCAGAUGUUUUUAAAGAGGAAAUAUUAAACCUGCAGAGAAAAUAAAAGGAGUACUGUGGAAUGUGCCAGGAGAGAAAGAAAAGCUCAAGUGCUAAAGAAACCGAAUGAAGUUAUUCCUGAGAACUCUCAAUUUUUAAUUUCCAGCAGCGUAUCCAUCCUGCUACUCCAGCUCAGAACUGGAUGGGAACUGUCAUCUUAACAAAAGGUGUGUUGUCCAGGUCUGUGCAUUGCGUAUGAGGUGUUGAAAAUAGUGAAUAUAACAGUUGAGUAAUUUAAAUGUUUUAUUUAUUUUAAUUCAAUAACUUGACAUUUUCAAGUCUAUUCUGUUUUGCUUGGUUUGGUUUUUUACUCAGUCUCAUACCUCUCUAGGGAGGAAAAGUGACUGUUUUGUACUAAAUUGUAAACUAAUGUGCUUGUUUAAAAUAAAUGGCAAACAUUUGG